UCCCUUUACGGCGCCUCGGAGGAACCAAAAGAGACGGCGCCUCUGCCUGCCAGAUCCGACCAACUCCGUUUCCUCCGGUCUCCGAAUCCGGAAGGGUGAGCUGCGUGCUGCUCCCCUCUGAGGCCUCGAAGGCGGGGGGGGCGCAGGAAGGCUCCCCCAGCGGCCAGGCACGCCCGCGGGGCCGAGGGGCCGACGGAGGCUGCGGCCCGCAGUGGACUGGGUCGACGUCCUGGACCGCGACAGGCCGUCCCCGCACCUGCGGGCGGAGUUGGCCCCCGGUGCCCCAGCCCUGGCCCCUGGCCUCGGCUCCGACCCCGGCACGAGCGCGGGCGUCCAGCGCUGAGCGUUAACUGGAAGCGGUCCCUUCUCACGGGCUAAGUCCGCGCGGCGACGUCGGGAACAAGUCGGCCAGUAUACAGACGCAGCCGCUGAGGCCGGGAGCGGCCGGCACGCACUCGACUGGCCCGCACUUCGCAGCCCCACGCAGAGGCCCUCCACGAGCCCGCGAGCCCCCAGCAUCUCCCAGAUUCUUCUCUCCGCUCGCCUGCAGUCACGGUUCCGUGCGUGCAGCCCCGACCGCCCCUGUCUUCUUCCCCGCUCCUCGCCUCCAGAAGCCUCCGGUGCGCUCUCAGAUUACCUGUCCAGGGGAGGUGAGGCUGGCUUCUCCCGCGGCCGAGGACCGCAUGGCCUCUCGGGUGAACUACAAUUCCCAUGAGGCGCUGACGCUGCGCCGGCGCGUCGGGGUUCAAACCUGGUGUGGGAUUCCAUUGGCUGAGCCGGCACGGAGUCGGGAGUCCUGAUUGGCUGAGGGGCCUGAGGCGACAGAUUCCGGAAAGUGGAAGAGCAGUCAACAUGGCGGCGGAACGCGGCGCGGGCCAGCAACAGUCGCAGGAGAUGAUGGAGGAACGUGGGCCUGUGAACUGGGCUGGCUUUCUUGGCCAAAUGGAUAGUGGAGCAUGGAUAAAGUUGACAGGCGAGUCGAAUCAGAAGAGUCUGGCGAUGAGGAAGGGAGGAGGCAGGGCAGCGGUCCAGUGGCGGACCUCAGUGAGCGCGAUCGAAAACAUCGACACGUUAACCAGUCUGGAGAGUUUGUUUUUGGGGAAAAACAAGAUCACUAAGCUUCAGAACCUGGACGCACUCACCAACUUGACAGUGCUGAGUAUGCAGAGCAACCGGCUGACCAAGAUGGAGGGUCUGCAGAGCCUGGUGAACCUUCGAGAGCUAUACCUGAGCCACAACGGCAUCGAGGUCAUCGAGGGCCUGGAAAACAAUAACAAACUCACGAUGUUGGACAUUGCAUCAAAUAGAAUCAAAAAGAUUGAAAACGUCAGCCAUCUAACAGAGCUGCAGGAGUUCUGGAUGAACGACAAUCUCCUCGAGAGCUGGAGCGACCUCGAUGAGCUGAAGGCAGCUAAGAGCCUGGAGACGGUGUACCUGGAGCGCAACCCCCUGCAGAAGGACCCCCAGUACAGGCGGAAGAUCAUGCUGGCCCUGCCCACGGUGCGGCAGAUCGACGCCACCUUCGUCAGGUUCUGAGUCCUCGGGGUUCCUGCCGGGCCCCUCUCUCCACAGGAACUUCCCAGCCACGGUUUUUAUCCACCCGUUGCUCCUGAAGCCGGCACUCUCGCAGCAGUCACAAACCCAAUGGCAAUAAAAAGGCACUGAGUGAUAAUCGCCGUGUGUGACGCCCGCGCCGCUUUGGGAGGCCGUGGCCCGUAUGCUGCCACCGGGUGUUGUGCCCGUGGCGCUCCUGCCACGUCUGUUUCCUCCUUCUGUCAGGGAGGCCUCGACCCUCCUGAGAAGGGCGGGCCAGUGGGAGUGAGGGCGCUGCCCCGGGUGGGGCACUCAGGGCCAGCCUGGCAGCCCAGAGCGGUUUGGUCUUAUAGACCAGGUGACGCCAGGGUUUUUCUAAGCCAACGUGUUUCAGAACCAACCCGUGGGCGCAGGAUCGCACAGUCCCGUGUGCUGCAACCCCCCGGGCUUCUUGACAGCCAUGGCCACGCGCCAGGCCCCUUGCCGACCGAGGCCGGGCUGUCCAUCCGGGCCGUCCAUGCAGCCCGGCCACGGCUCUCCGAGGGUGGGGCGGCCCGUGAGCGCGAAAGGGGCGGCUUCCUGAGGGCCCGGCUGCGCGGAGCCGCCGACAGAGCGCGGACCCCGCCAAGGCUCUGCGCAAGACCCGCUCCAAAGAGCUUAUCUCCUGACCACUUCCAAUGUCGCUUCCCAGUCUCACCCCGUCCUCGUGCCGGCUUCUUAGAAGAGUUACAUCGACAGUCACCCGGGUCUGAAUUUACUGCUGCGGGACCUCAUCCUCUCUUGGGGUCUCAGAUUUCCCUUCUGCAGAAAGAGGACUGAAUCGAGUGGUCACCGGAGGUCUCUUCUCCAAGACUGUAGAGUGCCACCGUCCCGUACAGGCACCGCUCCCCACCGCGUGUGGCUGCUUUAAUUCAAAUUUAAAUGUGUUAAAAUAAAAUGAAAUAAAACAUUCA